UCUCUUCCCCCAUAACCAAAUUCAUCAGAAUUAUGGAAGCGCCUGAGUUCUUUCAACCACCGCCCCCCGCUGACCAUUUCAUCGUCGAGGACCUCCUCGAUUUUUCCAACGAGGAUCCUGACGUCUCUCAUUUCAACUCCUCCGUCGCCGGCGAUUCCAUCGGCUCCUCAUCCGUUACCGCUGUUGACAGCUGCAAUUCGUCCUCACUUUCUGGUUCGGCACCGAAUUUCGCGGGUGAUGUUGGUUGCCGUAGUUUCAUCGAUGGUCAGUUCGCUGAUGACCUCUGUGUGCCGUACGACGAUUUAGCUGAGUUGGAAUGGCUGUCGAAUUUCGCUGAGGAAUCGUUUUCGAGUGAGGACUUGCAAAAGCUCCAGUUGAUAUCCGGGAUGAAAACCCGACCCACCGUAUCAUCGGAUACACGUGGUUUCCAACACGAACUUCGCAACCAAAUUGACAAUGUCAUCGAUAGCGGUGAUAACAGUCUGGUUUUCCGUCAGGACAUGACGGUGCCCGCCAAGGCAAGAAGCAAACGCUCCCGUGCAGUGCCAUGCAAUUGGGCGUCCCACCUCCUUGUCCUCAGCCCGACAAUUUCGUCUUCCGAACCAGAUAUCGUCGUCCUGGUGCAACCACCUCCCCAGAACCAUCCCGGUAAAAAGCCCGUAAAAACGACGUCGUCGAAGAAGAAGGACGGAGGCGAAGCGAGUUCGGACGGGCGGAAGUGCCUGCACUGUGCUACGGAUAAGACGCCGCAGUGGCGGACUGGACCCAUGGGCCCGAAAACACUAUGCAACGCUUGUGGUGUGAGGUAUAAAUCAGGGCGACUUGUGCCCGAGUACCGACCCGCUGCCAGCCCAACAUUUGUGCUCACCAAGCAUUCAAAUUCUCACCGUAAGGUCCUUGAGCUUAGGCGACAGAAAGAGAUGGUAAGAGCCCAACAUCAAUUCAUGCAUCACCACCAUCAUCAAAACAUGAUUUUUGAUGUAUCCAACGGUGAUGAUUACUUGAUCCACCAACCCAUGGGUCAUGAUUUCAGGCAGCUGAUCUAGUGAAUGGUAGAUGAGAGCUCCUAACUUUUCCCCAGACUUAAUUUAGCUACUG